AUGUUUGGUUUAACCACUGACUCUGUAUGCUUAAAUUAUUUUGUUAAAAUCUCUAGGACUGGGAAAAAUGGCACAAUAUCAGUGCGAGCUCUGGAUGGUCCUAAAGCCAGCAUUGUGCCAGCCACAUUCAGUGCUGUCUCUCCACCUGGAUACACCAUUCUGGAUGUAGAUGCUAAUGCCAUGCUGUUUGUUGGUGGUUUAACUGAAAAAAUAAAGAAGUCAGAUGCUGUGAGAGUCACCACCUUCACUGGCUGCAUGGGUGAAACCUUUCUAGACAGCAAACCCAUAGGACUGUGGAAUUUCAGGGAUAUCGAGGGUGACUGCAAAGGAUGUGCCGUCAGCCCACAGAUGGCAGACGGCGAAGGGACGGUCCAGUUCGAUGGUGACAGCUAUGCCAUGGUGAGCCGCCCAAUCCGCUGGAACCCCAAUAUUUCCACAGUCAUGUUCAAAUUCAGGACCUUCUCCUCGAACGCCCUGCUGAUGUAUCUUGCUACUGACGACUUGAAGGAUUUCAUGAGUGUAGAACUCAGUGGUGGGCGUAUAAAAGUCAGCUAUGAUCUGGGUUCAGGUACAGCUUCUGUUACCAGCAACCGAAAUCAUAAUGAUGGCAAAUGGAAAUCUUUCACCCUGUCAAGAAUUCAAAAGCAAGCCAACAUAUCAAUUGUAGACAUAGACACCAACGAAGAAGACACCAUAGCAACAACUUCUACAGGCAGCCACUUUGGGCUCAACUUAAAAGGGCAUGAGAAAAUAUAUUUUGGGGGAUUGCCAACCCUGAGAAAUCUAAGUAUGAAAGCAAGGCCUGAAGUGAACUUAAAGAAAUAUACAGGUUGCCUCAAAGAGAUUGAAAUUUCAAGGACACCGUAUAAUAUAUUGAGCAGUCCUGAUUUUGUUGGUCUAACCAAAGGAUGCACACUAGAGAAUAUUUAUACAGUUAGCUUCCCUAAGCCAGGUUUUGUGGAACUGCAGCCUGUCUCCUUUGAUAUGGGCACAGAAAUCAACCUCUCCUUCAGCACCAAGAAUGAGUCUGGAAUCAUCUUGUUUGGCACAAGUGGCACAGUUGUCCCCCCCAGGAGAAAGCGCAGACAGACGGGACAGGCCUACUAUGCAGUGUUCCUGAACAGAGGUCGACUAGAAGUGCAUAUCUCCACUGGGAUACGGGAUCCCCACAGAAUCACCAUCAAACCAGAAGCUGGCAAGUUUCACGACGGCAGAGCACACUCCAUCCGGAUAGAACGAGCUAAAGGGAUGUUCACUGUUCAAGUAGAUGAAGACAAAGGCCAGACUCAGAGAUUGCCAACAGACCAGCCCAUCUCUGUAAAGAAACUCUUUGUGGGGGGUACUUCUUCUCAGUUUCAGACUGCACCUCUCAGAAACAUACCACCGUUUGAGGGCUGUAUAUGGAAUCUUGUCAUUAAUGCCACCCCCAUGGACUUUGCUCAACCCGUGUCCUUUGAAAAUGCAGAUAUUGGCCGAUGUCCCUCUCUAGAACCAGAAGUUAGGCCACCUGAGGAUGAAGAUAAGCCAAUCCACACAACAGUCCUGAUCCAACCUGAACCAGAUGCUAAUGGGGAGAAAGCAACACCAGGGACAACUCCUGCUUCCCCUCCUCUUCCAACACCAUCUCCGUCUUCAGCACUUGAUUCGCUUGCCACUGAAAUGAAGAGCGCCAGCAUCACUUCUGCAUUUGACUCCAUGACGGAUUCCUGUGCUGCUGACACAGAACCAGCCAUUUUGGAAGGUGGCAAGCAAUUUGGUCUUUCAAGGAACAGCCACAUUGCAGUUGCAUUUGAUGACACCAAAGUGAAAAACAGACUUACAAUCGAAUUUGAAGUCCGAACAACAGCUGAUUCUGGCUUGCUGUUUUAUAUGGCCCGUAUCAACCAUGCUGAUUUUGCUACGGUUCAGAUAAAGAAUGGACUGCCUUACUUCAGCUAUGAUCUGGGGAGUGGAGACACCAGAACAAUGAUUUCCAACAAAAUAAAUGAUGGCCAGUGGCACACGAUAAAAGUCAUUCGAACCAAACAAGAAGGAAACCUUAUAGUAGAUGAUGUUUCAAACAGGACUGUUAGCCCCAAGAAGGCUGAUAUAUUGGAUGUUGUAGGAAUGCUCUACGUUGGAGGAUUGCCCAUUAACUACACAACUAGAAGAAUUGGUCCGGUCACCUAUAGCAUCGAUGGCUGCAUCAGAAAUUUUAAAAUGACAGAAUCACCUGUUGACCUGGAUAAUCCAACUUCCAGCUUCAGUGUUGGAAAAUGCUUUGUCACUGCACAGAAAGGAACCUACUUCGAUGGAACAGGCUUUGCCAAAACAGUUGGUGCAUAUAAAGUGGGAACAGACCUGCUCGUGGAAUUUGAAUUCCGUACAACACGAAUGAACGGAGUUCUCCUAGGAGUCAGCAGCCAGAAAAUGGAUGGGCUUGGCAUUGAAUUAGUAGAUGGAAAAGUGAUGUUUCACGUUGACAAUGGUGCAGGCCGAUUCUCUGCUAUCUAUGAACCCGAUGCACCAGGCAGCUUGUGUGAUGGACAGUGGCACAAGGUUCUUGCAAACAAGAUCAAACACCGUUUAGAGCUGACUGUGGAUGACAGACAGGUGGAUGGUAACAGCCCAAACAGGGCCUCAACCUCAGCAGACACUAACGACCCUGUCUUUGUUGGAGGAUAUCCUGAUGGUGUGACCCAGUUUGGGCUGACCACUAAUAUCCGUUUUAAAGGAUGUAUUCGAUUUCUGAAGCUCACCAAGGGUACUGCUAAACCUCAAGAGAUUAACUUCAGCAAAGCUUUGGAGCUGAAGGGUGUUCAACCACUGUCAUGCCCUGUAAACUAACUGUCGUUCAACUGGUAUGGCUCUGUUUAUAUAAGCACCUCAGAUUAAAAAAAAAGAAAAAAAAAAUCUACAUAUACAUUGUAUUAAUAAUAAAAUGCCUUUAUGC